UACCCACACCAAUCACUAGAGGGCAACAGGGCUCAGGGGAACUGGCUUGCGCAAAGUCCUCAAGGGUCCUGAAGUCCUCCAAAAUCUACUAGCCAGGCCCGGAAUAGUGUGGCCAGGAGGGCUCCGGAGUAUGGGAAGGAAGCUGCAGAGGAGGGAGGAGGAAAAGCCAGAACUAGGGUACGUGAGAAAACACUGUAGCUUUUCUCACUUCACAGGGACUCUGCUUAGUUCUCUCCUUGUUCUCCCCUGCUCUACCUUGGGCCAUACCUGUGUCCCUGAAGUUCUGCCUGCCUGCCUGCCUGCCUGUCUGUCUGUCUGUCUACUUCAUUCUUUUCCUGUUCUGUGGCUGGCACUCUCUCCGUAUGCUUACUGUCUCUCUCUUUCUGCAUGUGUGCGUGUGUCUGUCUGUCUGUCUGUCUGACUGCCUACCUGCCCCUGUCUAACUCAAUUUCAGGGCCUGUCCCUGCCCUCCCACCCCUUCGUCCUGCAGCUGCUCACAGCUUCCGACUGCUGGCCUCCCUUGCCCGCCUCCUUAGACUUGACAAGGGCGGUGAGAGAGGAGGGAAGGGCAGCCUGGUGGGCCCACCUCUUUUUGCCUUUCUAGGCUGGGAGGCUGGGCCAGUAGGUCUUUUAACAGCCUGGGCAGCCCUUGCAGAUCACCGGCCCCGAAUGCCGUGCCUGGCUCUGUGGUCCAGCAGCACCGCCAGCAUGCAGCAGGAACCAUCCCCCGGACCCUUGGCUCCUUCUGCAGAGCCCACCAAGCCCCCUUACAGCUACAUAGCCCUGAUUGCCAUGGCUAUCCAGAGUUCGCCAGGUCAGCGGGCCACCCUCAGCGGCAUCUACCGCUACAUCAUGAGCCGCUUCGCCUUCUACCGACACAACCGGCCGGGCUGGCAAAACAGCAUCCGCCAUAACCUGUCUCUCAACGAGUGCUUCGUCAAGGUGCCCCGUGACGACCGAAAGCCAGGCAAGGGCAGCUACUGGACCCUGGAUCCCGAGUGCCACGACAUGUUCCAGCACGGCAGCUUCCUCCGCCGCCGCAGGCGCUUCACCAAGCGCACAGGUGCCCAGGGCACGAAGGGCCCUGGCAAGGCAGACCACAGGCCCCUCAGAGCCACCAGUCCAGACCCAGGAGCACCCAACACUGCAGCUGGCAGGCUGUGCUCGUUCCCACCAGAGGUGCCAAACCCCAAGGGCUCAAGUUUUGGGGGUCUGAUGGGGUCUUUGCCAGCCAGCAUGCGCCCGGCAACCAGUGACGCCAGACCUCAGCUGCCCACGGGAUCCAAAGAGAUGUGCUCGCCCAAGUCUGCAGGCCCGAGGGACCUCUCCGAAGCCACCUCACCCUCCCCGUGCCCGGCAUUCGGCUUUUCAGCUGCCUUCUCUGAAGCUGAGAGUCUCGGCAAGGGCCCCACACCUGGCGUGGCUCCUGAGGGUACCUCGAGCAGCUACCAGUGCCGGAUGCAGACGCUGAAUUUCUGUAUGGGGACUGACCCAGGCAUUGAACACCUCUUGGCCUCUGCAGUCCCCACCCCUACACCCUCGACUCCUUCAGCCUCUCACCGGGCCCCACUGCCCCUGCCAGCUGACUCCAAGGAACCCUGGGUGGCUGGGAGCUUCCCUGUCCAGGGAGGUUCCGGCUAUCCCCUGGGGCUACCCCCAUGUCUUUACCGGACACCGGGAAUGUUCUUCUUCGAGUGACUGCCUGCAGCAGCCCCUCUGUAGGGCCUCUGUCUGCUAUUCCCUUCAGACUCAAGCUGGCUGUAGGACCUCGGGUACUCUGCAAGGACCCAGCCCUGGCAGGCCAAGGACUGAAGAUCAGAAGGCGGAAGUGAGCGAUCAGCCAGGUCCCGGGGGGG